AUGUCGAGCUCAGCAUUGUUAGGAACAUCCAUGAAUAUGACUGAAGCAGGUGGAGCAAUGAGCGAUGUGGCCCAAUCGUCCCGAUCAUCCUUACUCGAUGUCAUCAUGGCCCGACAUAAUAAUUUAAAAGAUCAAAAAACACAUUCUCGGUUGUUAUACGUUGCAAAAAAGACUCAAAAGGAAUUUGGAGAAGGGAGUUUAUCGGAAAAUUUUCAUAUGCAAUUAUUUCAGAAAACUGGACAUAAAGAAGAUGAUUUUUAUGGAAUACUCUUUGAAGUUCAAGAGUAUUAUGUACAUAUUUUGGAGGGUACAAAGGAUUGUAUUUUCGACUUUUUGAGAAUGCUUAAUCGAGCGAAAAACGAAGAUGAUUUUCUAAAAGAGAUUGAUUACAAAAUUUUGUCAGUGAAAAUUCUCUUAUAUACUGAUGAUUCAGGACCAUUAAGUUUUCCAAGAUGGACAUGCAGAGAAAUUCCUCCAGGUGUUGCAAUUGAAAACGAUGAUGACGACUUCACUAAUGGUGCCCCUUUAACAAAAGAAGAAGAAAAAGCAGGCUUAAUGUGGAUCAUUAAAAUUCAAGAAAUACAUCAGCAACUCCUGGCAUUGGGAAAAAAGGUUAUGGGAUUGGGCAUUCGACAAAUGUCACUUUUUCUCGACGGUCUUAAUCAGAAUUUUCCUCAAAUUAUUCCUAGAGAAAGCUACAUCAAAGACCUUGCCAACGAUUGCGAACUGUGUCUAAAUCUUUCUGAAUUCCUUGAAGUUUAUGACCAACCCAUUACACUUGAUCUCUAUGGUGAGAAUGUGUGGUAA